AUGGCUUGCCCGAUGAACUCAUUCUCGGGUGCCCUCCCUGGAUCGGAGGACUAUGUUAUUCACGACUUCUUCGAUCCGAGCACGAAAGCGUGGCAAUAUAUUAUUGUCGAUCCAGGGACCAGGAGCUGCGUGCUGAUUGACCCCGUUCUGGAUCAUACCAAGGAUCGGAUCGCGAUUUCGACACAGGCGGCGGAUAGGCUGCUGUCGUUUGUGAAGAGCAACAGCUACCGCGUUGAUAUUAUGCUGGAGACUCUAUCCUCUUCGAGCCUCAAUCGGUCUGGAGCUUGGUAUCUGCGGUCUCAGCUGCUGAAGAUACAGGGACACGCCCCGAGAGUUUGUGGAACGCAGGCUGCGCAGCCGUUUGGAAAGCUUUUUGCGAGGAAGUAUGGGUUUGCCCCGAAUACGAAUAGUGAUGAGGAGUUUGUGGAUGGGGACUCGAUUCACGUUGGGCAUAUGAAGAUCACUAUGCUUCAGCUUCCUGGACUCCAGACCCCGGAUGGAAGGGCUUACCAGAUCGGCGAGAACGUCUUCGGCGCACAUUCCGUGGCGAGCCUGAAGACGAAGAUGCAGCAGGACAGUGCAUCACUACACACUACCGGUGCAGACGGGAUCCAUCGGGCUUGGUCCAGCUUUCAAAAGAUCCUGGGGAUGCCGGCACAUUACAAGCUGUACUUUGAUCAAGAGUCUGGUGCUAAUCUUGCCACGCCGAAGACGAAGGUCAAGUUUGGUGGCGCGGAUGAGGAAGCUGUGGUGGGGAGACCUUAUUCCACUGUUGCAGAGUGUCGGCCCACUGGCGAUGAGAUCAGGGCUAUGGCUGAGGAGACGGAGGUUCUGCUGGAUACUCAAAGCAGCAGUCCAGCCCCGGUGGCCCCGCUACCGAAGCAGAAGCUGAAGAGUUCGAAGAGCGGGUUCUUCUCGAGGAGUAAGAAGAGCUGA